AUGGAUAGAGGCGAUUACUUCACUGCUACAAUUUGCAGGUUAUGUGGGGAGUCCUUCAAGCUUCCUGAAAACGAUCCUGAGAGCAACCUCCCUCGCAUGCUUUUAUGUGGCCACAUCUACUGCACAGGUUGCCUGGGGUCCAUUCAGUGUGACAAUGUGAUUAGAUGUCCCGAAUGUGAGGUUGAGUCCACACUUCCUAAAGAGGGAGUGAGUGGUCUGCAGGAAGAUAGCAGAAUCAUAGGGCUCAUCUACACUGCAAAAAUGAACAAGGCUAAAAGCCUUCGCUGUGACAGAUCAAAGCAUCGCAGAAAGAGCAAAUUAUCAACAGCCCCAGACUUUAACGCCAAUACUGAGACUAUUAAGCAGACAGCUGAUAUUGAGAAGAUUGAAAAGUUGGUGGAUGAGGCGUUGGCUCGGGCUGCAGAGAAUCUUGCCCAGCUGGAACACAUCUAUGAGACUCUGACAUCUGGUGACGAAGAACAGGUGAAGAGAGAGAGAGCUCGACUGGAGAGGGAAAUCAAGCAAGCUGCAGACAAGGCUUUAAAUACUAUUCAGAAGUGGAAGGAUGUGCAGUUGAGUCAGCUGGUAGACCUGCAGUUACAAGUCUCCACCAGUCAAGCUGUGGGGUGCCUUGUCCAAGAGAGGAUAAAAGCUUUGGAGAUUGCAAUGCAGGUGGCCCGAGAAGUACGCCGCAGCCCCUUCCUGGAGUUGUACUGCUCUCUGGAUAAGGUUCUGGAGACGCUGCAGGCUCCUGUGGAUAAACAGUCCUUCGAUAUGAAGUGCACCACUGUGGGCUCUGGAAUGAGAUGUAUUUUCCAGUCAGAGAGUCUGAACCAGACUUUGGCAUUGUGUCUGAAGAUGGAAGUCAGCAAUCCGAAGCACUUGUCCGAGCCUUCACCCAAAGGCUACCAGCCGGCCAGCUCCAACAGAAGGUCCCCCUGUAAAGGUGCAGAAGGCAGAAACAGCCCAUAUACUUCACCCAGUGGCAAGAAGUUCACUUGUCCACAAAAACAGGGCCAGAAAAGCCCAGGAACUAACAGUCCGCCAUCGCGAGGCUCCUCUCCAAGCCCAAGCCCAAGACCUAGGCGCAGGUUCAACCUUUCUCGCCACAGCUCAGCUUCAGACCUUGCAAGCCCAGAUGUGAUCAUUGAGGAGAUUGUAGAUGAGGAAAAAGGGCAUGCUCUCCCUCCUGCUGACCCUCAGCUGGCCAGUGACAAAUGGAGAAACAACAGGAGAAUAAAGACUCAGUUUCCUCGAUGUAAGAGAAAUGUCACCCAGUGGGUAGUGGUAACCCACAUUGUGAAUCCAAGUCACUUCUAUGUCCGCUAUGUGGCUGAGAAGAAAGAAAAUGAGAACCUUCCUAAGAAGAUUAACCACAUCUGUUGCAGAGAUGGUUGUCACUUCACUUCAGGUGACAUGGUGGGAAAUGGCUCCAUGAUCUUUGUGAAGUGGAAGGAUCUCUGGUGCCGGGCCAGUGUGGUUGAAGUCCUGCAGAAUGGCAGUGCGGAGGCUGUCAGAGCCUGCCCAGUAACCCAGCUUGAGGGGAUCCGAGUUUUUCUUGUUGACUCUGGGUUCACCCUCAGCAUCGACAUACCAAGGGAGGAGGGGGCCACUGUGACCUCACUAAAGGCUGUGAACAACCACCUGAGGAAAGUGGAUGAGAUGGUGAAAUUGGAGCUGGGUUCCUUUGCUCCUCAGGCAGUCAGAUGUUCGCUGAAAGACCUGGUCCCGUAUGACCUGACAAGGGGCUGGAGUAAAGAAGCACAGGCUGAAUUCCGCAGUGUGGUUGGUUCUACAGCUGUGGAGAUGCGACCUUUGGGUCAGGACAGAGACUCUUUGUUGGUGGACCUGAGGAAAGCUGCUAUGGACCAGUCCAGUGAUGUGCCCAUCUCUGUUAGAGAGUACCUUGUUUUCGUUGAGGUGGCCAGGUUUUAUUCUCCUGUGACUCUGGGCAGGAGGCCUCUGUUGUACUACCCUCCUGUCUAUCCCAAGAUCAACACAGAGCUCAAUGCUGUGGUUUCCCACAUAAACAACCCUGCUGAUUUCUACAUCCAGCUGGUUGAUAACAUGGAGCCCUUGUUGCUCUCAGCGAAGCUUCAGGAAUGCUACAAUGAAACAACAGUGGUCGGACAACUUGAGCUCAACGUCUACUGCCCUGUGAUAGGACAGGCUUGUGUUGCCCGCUUUGAGGACAAGUCGUGGUACAGAGCUCAGGUCAUAGGUCAUCCAGGGGGAAGAAAAGUGGAAGUGCAGUACGUUGACUUCGGCAAUAAAAACAUCCUGUCAGUCAACGACUUGAGGAAGAUCAAAGAUGAGUUCUUUGCCCUUCCAGCCAUGGCAAUCCACUGCUGUUUGUCACAUGUGAUCCCAGUGGAAGGAGAGAGCUGGAGUGAAGCCUGCACCAGCAGAUUCAUUAGCCUAGCUCACCAAAAACUGGUCACCAUAAUGGCUACAGAAUCUGUCCCAAAGUCUACACCUCUGCCAGUCAAACUGUUUGAGGGUGACCUGAACGGACCCCUGAGCAACAUAGCUGAGCUGCUGGUCAAAGAGGAGCUGGUCUGCUUCAGAGAGGGUUUGAAGUCAAAGAAUGCCAGGCAGUCUGGUGAUGACAGUGCCAUAUGGGACACUCCACUUCAGUUUAGUUCGACCACGGAGGAGGCUUCUGCUCCGGAACAAAUAAUCCCUGGAGAGAAGAAUAAGGAGCCCUUUCAGCUUCAGUUGAAGUUUCCUGCUCAGCUCAAAGACCUGAAAGUCAACGUCAGCCACGUCAACUCUCCAAGCAGCUUCUACAUCCAGUUGACCCAGAACGACUCUAAGCUCAAAAGGAUAUGUGAAUUGUUGAAGCAGGAGUGUGCGCCACUGGAACCUCAGGAUGUGGUGUGGAAGGCAGACGUGUACUGUGCUGCUCAAAUUAACGGAGUUUGGGAGAGAGGACAGAUCUUGUCUGACGUGAAAUCUAGCAACAUUGCAGAGGUGAGACGAUGUGACCAUGGCAACGUGGUGAAGCUCCACGUCAGCAACCUGCGCCCGCUGCCGUCCUCCUUUGUGGGCUCCCUGGCAGUGGAGUGCACUCUGAACGACAUCAGGCCAGCAGGAGGCCGAUCUAGCUGGACGGAUACAGCCUGUGACAUCAUUUCCUACUAUCUGAACGGAGCAUCAGCUGUUGUGACCAUCAAGGAGUUGACAGAUGAGCGUCCACUACCUGUCACUCUGUUCUGCUCCAACAGAAUGGGAAAGUUUAUCAGCAUUGCAGACUUUCUGGUCAGUGAGGGCCUUGCCCUCAGGGAAAGAAAACCAAGAGAUGCUGUUGUUCAGCAACCCAUAGAAACUGAUGCACAGUCUCCAGUGAGCAAAUUACAAACUGAUGACGAGAAAAAAAACACUCCAUCUGCUUCUCUUCUUUCUUCGUCCUCUCCAUCCUCCCUCGUCUCAACUGAUCCCACUCCAAAACCAGCCCCUCGCACCAUUAUGUCUGCUGAGAAGAUCAAGACUUCAUUGUACCAACCACCAGAGCUGCCAUGUCUCGGUCACAUCCAGCUAAGCGUUUCUGCUGUCGAAGAAGAUGGUGUCAUUUAUGUCAGAACACAAAAUGCAGAGUCUCAGCUGAAGCAGCUGAGGGAGAGGAUUCAGCAGAGCAUGAAGACGCUGCCCAGACAGAAGCCCUACACCUGGAAGUCAGUCCUAGGCUGUGCUGUCAUUGGACCUGACAUGUUGUGGUACCGAGGGCAGCUGCUGGAGGUGCUGGGAGGCCAUGUCAAGGUGCAGUAUGUGGACUAUGGCCUGGUGGAGAACAUCCCGGUGGUCCAUGUGUACCCCAUGCUGCUGUGUGACGAUGUUCCUCAGCUGUGUGUGCCGUGUCAGCUGCAUGGCAUCAACCCUGUUGGUGGUAAGUGGCAGCAGGAUGCAGUUGCCUUGCUGAGGGAGAUGUUACUGAACCGCAGUGUGGACAUGCAAGUCGUGGAGCUGCCAGCCAACCCGAGACGGCACGUCACAGUUGAACUCUUCUUGGAUGGUUUGAAUGUCACGAGGAUCCUGUGUCACCACCAACACGCCUUCAUUGACAGCACUGUCUCAUCACAAAAGGUCUGUAAACUGGUGCCUCCUCCCCUCCUCCUAGAUGACUGGGAUAUCAAUACUGAGGGUUUGAGGGGCCCAGAAGAACCGAUGCUGGGGCCCUUUGUCAAUCCAAACCUGCCACAGAAAGGAGAGCACUUUCAAGUCAGGGUCAAGCAUCUGUGGACGCCCAACGAGCUGUUCUUGUGGCCUUUGGAGGGAACAGCUGAUAUGGAGGUUGAUGGAGAGACUCUGGAUCAAGCUUUGACUCGAAUCAAUGCAAACAUCAGCAGUCUGCCACGACUCACCAGCUUCCCUCGUGCUGGUCCGUGUCUGGCAGAGUACAGUGACGGCAAGUUCUACCGAGCCAGACUGCUGAAGUUCACCAGCUUGGAGCCUGUCAUGGUCCUGGUCCAACACGUCGACUUUGGUUCUGACGACACUCUUCCCACCAGCAAGCUGCGUCAGAUGCCGGCUGAGCUGCUGCAGUUUCCGUCCCGGGCACUAAAAGUCAAAGUCGCCGGCUUCAAGGCUCCGAGGGUCAACAGGGAGGAAGCUGUGCUGCCCUACAGCCCUGGAUGGAGCGUGAAGGCUGCCAUGGACAUGAUUGACCUGCUGCACAACAACACCACAGCCUCUGUCGUGAUGCAGGAGCCGGAGCUCACGGUGCUGCUGUACAACGAGGACGGAGAUCUGGUUCAUCUCCCUCUGGUGAACAGUGGACUGGCUGAGCUCGAGUAAAGCGGAGCCUGAGCGCUCUGCUCAACCCACCAGCAACAGUGAAUGUUGACUUCCUGACCUUUUUUCUGAUCAUGAGUUCUUUGUUUAACUGCUGCUCUUAGUUUUCACAU